AUGAAAUCAGGUAAAAAACAGCCAGUCCUUGCUUCAGCUAACCAAUUCACACCGAUGACACAAAAGAAUGGAGUAGUAGCAGGUACUCCUAUUAAUCCUCUUCGCCUUUCAGACUUAGAAACACCUAAAUCUAACAAAAAAUCAAAUACAUCUUCUCAAGAAAAGAACCUUCUUGAUGAAGAGUUGAAUACACCGAAAGUUCAACCAGAUCUUGAUAGUGAUGAUGAUAUAUUUGCAAUCCGCCAAUGUGUCGUUGAAACUCUUGAAAGAAUUGAUAGAUAUAUAAUGAAGCACAACUUAAAACCAAAUGAAUUACUACCAGAUAGACGUGCUGCAAUACAAAACCCACCAACUCCUAUUAUUUCACAUGAAUUAAAUCAAAAUAUUGAACAAGUUAAGCAGCCAGAACCAAUAUUGAAAAAGAGAGUUGAAUUAGUACCUGAAGCUCAAAAGGUUGCUCGCCGCGAAAAGUCCAAGCAGAUAGUUCUUGAAAAAGAACCUACUCAUGAUGCUAAAAGGAUUAAAAAUAGAAGAAGAAGCUCUAAAUCUUCAUCAUCAGAAUUAAAUGAUGUAAAUCUAAUGGACUUAUCACCAAGAAUAUCGAAUGAGGUCAAUGAGCCAGCCAAGCCUGUUAGACGCGAAAAAUCAAGACAGAUAGCCAAUGAUCCUGAGCCAGAAAGAAAGAUUUCUAAAGCAAGGAGACCAAGUUCUAAAGAUUCUUCAUCAGAGUCUACAGAAGUUAAAUCAACAAGCAUCUCACCUAGGCAAUCUACAAAUAGUUUAUCUGGAUCAUUUAGCACCGAUGGAGAAGGCAAAUCUCUGCAAGAGCGAAUGCAUCAAAUGUCUAUAAUUUUGCGUAAUCUAGAAAUGCAUCUUGAUGAUAUUGCUGCCGGCCAGUGA